AUGAACAGAGCCAGAGGGGAGGGCAGGGCCAGAGAAGAAAAGGGGGCAAAGGAACAACGGCGCAGAGAAAAAAAAAAAACGAAUGGGGAGAGAGUAUUGUAUGUAUUAUGGAGAGAUAGAGGCAAGCCAGCACCACCAGAGGCAAAAGCGCAAGCCGGGCACACGGAGCAGUCCGAGGGAGAACGGCAGGCAGAAAAGCCAGGCAAGGGGGAAGACCAAGGGGCAGAGCAAGGAGGGAGAGGGGAGGGGGAAGGGAUAAAAAAGGGAAAAACGCAGGCAAAAGGAAGGAUGGGGGAGGGGAACGGAAGUCAAGCAAGCGAAAAAAAUGAGGACGAGCAAGGAGCGAGGAGAGCGGGAGAUGGCAAGAAAGGGGGCGGGGGAGCGGAGGCAGGGGAGAGCCCAGGGGAUCCCGAGGACCACAGAAGCCGACUCCGCAGACAGGAGAAGAGGGGGGAAAAACGCAACAGAAGCCAGAGAAAGGGGCCGCAGGAAGCGGAAGCAGCAAAGAGGGGGAGGCAAAGACAAAAAACGGCGGGGUUAGGAGCAGGAACAAGGGCGCGAGGGACACGGACGGGGCGCCAGAGACACAGCAUGGAAGGGCCCGAAACAGGGAAGCAGAAAGGGGGGAGAACCGGGAGCAGCAGGGGCAAGAGGCAAAGGAGAGAAAGAGGACAAGCAAAAGGAAAGAAGGGGAAGGGGAGACCCAAGAGACAGGGGAAAGAGGGAAGCAAGAAGGCGGGGAAGGACAACGAGGGGAAGGCAGGGAGGCGCCAACGAGAGAAGGCGACCAAGGGGCGGGGCACAAGAGUGCGAAGGGGGGCAACCAGAAGGGCGCAGCGGAGGGGGGGGAAGACCGGAGGGGCGCGGAAAGGCCAAGGAGGCGGGGGGUGCAGCACAAGAGCAGGGCGGGGGCGAUGA